AUGCCUCUAGAAGAUAUUGGAGACUUCAGUUUUGUAAAUGACGAGCUUGUGAAGAAACUGGAAAAGAAAGUAGAAUAUGUGUUAGCUGAUAAGAAGAAGCUCGAAAAGCGUGUCAAGACUAUUGAAGCUGAAAACUCAUCUUUGUUGAAAAGAGUUGAAGCUGAUCAAGCUGACAUUGAUAUUCUUAAAGUGCGUAUUGCUGAGUUAGAAGAAGAAAAAGCUCAGAGAGAUGAACAAAAUGAAUACUUCAAGCUGAAGAACAAAGAGUUAGAGGCUACCAAUGCAAAGAAAGAACAUGAAAUGUAUAUGAUGAAUAAAGUGUUAGAGAAUUUGAUCGGAAAGCCUGUUGAACAGAGGUUUGAAGAGAUCAAGGUUGAAGAAGUAAGGGCACGUCGUAAAGAUGAGAUUGAGGCUGAGAUGAAAAACAAAGGCAAAGGUGUUUCAAUUGAAGAAGAUGAAGAAGAAGAAGAUGAGGUUAGGAAAGAUGAUGCAGACGAUGUGUAUUCUGCAAGUAGUCAUGAUGAUGAUGAUGGGAAUGAUGACGACGAUCAAGGUACUUCAGGCAUCAAAGUUACUGAAGCGUCUACUGAAGAAAAUGUUGAUGAUUAUCUUCAUGAUGAUGCUAAUGAAGAGCCUGAAAAUGCUGAAAGUGAGGGGGAGCAUGAUGAUACAAAGAAUUUGGAUGAAAGUGAUGAUCAUGUGUCAAGAUUGAUUCUGCGUCUUGAACAUGGUGUAGAAGAAGGAGAAAUUCUGAACUUAUACGUUAGCUGA